AUGUUCUCCAAGCAGACCUUGCUUUCCCUGGGCCUUGCCGCCCUGGCUGCGGCCAAGACGACCACCGUCGAGAAUCCGACUGAAGCGGAGGUCCAGGCUGCUCGUGCCUCUGCCCUGCCUUUUUCGCCCGUGUCCAAUGUCAAGGGUCUGGCUUUUAACCGUUUCGCCAACAUCUGGAUCGAAAACACUGACUUCGAUACCACCGCUGGUGAUGAAAACUUCGCCAAGCUGGCCAAGGAGGGCAUUCUGCUCACCAACUACCAUGCUGUCACUCACCCGUCGGAGCCCAACUACUGCGCCUCGGCCGCUGGUGACACCUUCGGCAUGGACAACGAUGAUUUCCACCGGAUCCCGGCCAAUGUCUCCACCAUUGCCGAUCUGUUUGACACCAAGAGGAUUUCGUGGGGCGAGUACCAGGAGGAUAUGCCAUAUGCCGGCUUCCAGGGCUUCCGCUACCCUCUGUCCGGCGCCGACGAGUAUGUGCGCAAGCACAACCCACUGGUCCUGUUUGACUCUGUCACCAACGACGCUGUGCGUCCGCGCCAGAUCAAGAACUUCACCACAUUUUACGAGGAUCUGAAGCACCACAGCCUGCCCCAGCACAUGUUCAUCACCCCCAACAUGACCAAUGAUGCCCACGACAGCAACAUCACCGUUGCCGGCGACUUCCUGGGUCGUUUCCUGCCUCCCCUGCUCGAAAACGAGUACUUUACUAAUAACACCCUCGUCCUGGUCACCUUUGACGAGACUGACACCUACGAAAUCCCCAACCGUGUCUACAGCAUCCUGCUGGGCGGUGCCAUUCCUGAGCACCUGAAGGGCACCACCGACGACACCUUCUACACCCACUACUCCAUCAUUGCCUCUCUGUCCGCCAACUGGGGUCUUCCCUCCCUGGGUCGCUGGGACUGCGGCGCCAACAUCCUCCGGCUGGUCGCUGAGAAGACUGGUUACGUCAACUGGGACGUCGACACCAGCAACCUGUACCUGAACGAGACCUACCCCGGUCCCCUUUCCGACGGUGAAUACUCCGUGUAUGAGGACUACUGGCCCGUUCCGGCUACCACCGGCCGUUGCUCUGCUGGUCACGGUAUCCUGGACAUUGUCAAGAAGACCUACCACGGCCGCAAGCCGACCUACAACUACACCACUAGCCCGGUCCCGUACGACUCGGUGAGCGGCAACAGCGCCGGAAUUAAGUUCAGCCGUACUAUUAACGGCAAGAAGGAGACCGGCAUCACCGAGUAA